AUGUCGAAACAGGAACUUCCGCAAUGGGGCAGAGUGCUCGUCGUCGGCGGCAUCGACUGGCCAACAUUGGGUCGUAAAGCCGCCAAAGCAGGGCCAGCUCUCGCCGUCAAUCCAGACCACCCCGACCUACCAGCACCACACAUUCUGCGAUCCGUCUCCAACAUCCGCAUGAAGCGCAUCUUCUCGUCGCAUUCGUCCUGUCACGCCGUGCUCCUCUCCGUCGACGGCGAUGCCUACAUCAUCGGACGCAACGAGCAAGGCCAAUGCGGUCUCCCCAUCCGCCCCAUGCCAGCAUCCUCCAAACCCUCUGGAGCAGCCGUGUGGGACGCCUACCAGCUCGAUCCUAACACCGACUUCUCACCCGCUCUGCCUGCAGGCGCAAAGGGCCAAAUCGUCUAUGCAGCCUGCGGCCGUUCGCAUACACUGCUUCUCACCGCUUCCGGCUCGGUCUACUCUGCCGGCCUCAACAUCUCGGGUCAGUGUGGUCACCCGGAAUCGCAAACCGUGCCCAUCUUCACACGCAUCGAAACAGGCCCUUUCAUCCGGGAGCGCGACCCCGUCAUUGCCGCUUCGUGCGGUCUCACGUUCUCGAUGCUCCUUACACAGUCGGGCAAGGUGUACACCAUGGGCAGCUCGGAGAAGGGCCAACUGGGCAACGGUCGCACGGGCGAGCACUUUACCACCAAUAACCGACUCGCGUUCAACACGUUCUCCGACCCCUUCCUGGUCAAGCAGCUGGCGGACAAGAAGAUUGUGCAGAUCGCGUGUGGGCAGCAGCACACCAUCGCGCUCGACGACCAAGGUUUCGUCUACGUCUGGGGCUUUGGAGGGUAUGGACGACUUGGUUUGGGUUCUCAGCAGGAUCAGCUGGUGCCGACGCUCGUGCCGCAAUUUGCACGCGAGAACGUGGUGAUGCGCGCCAAGGCAAUUCAUGCUGGCCCGACCAACUCGGCGGUGGUGGAUGGGCAGAGCAUGUUCUGGCUGGCGGGCAAGUGGAAGACGUCAGGUGACGGUUCGGCAGGUCAAGGGUUUAUGACGUUCAAGUAUCUCCCUGACCUGAUGGGGGUCAAGGUGACCAACGCCGGUCUGGGCGGUGUCACGCUGCUGUGCACCGCCACCGAAGAGCCCUCGCUGGCAGGCGACCAUGGGGCGACGAUGAACAUCUGCUGGGGUCAAAACGCCAAUUGCGGCGAACUCGGGCUGGGAGAAGGCAAGCCAAGGUCAGCAACCAAACCGCUGCGAUGCGAGACCCUCGACGGCAUCUCGAUCCUCGACAUCGCCGCUGGUCAAAAUACCACGUUCUACCUCGCGAGGAAUCUCGGCGAGAGGUACGGCGAGCUGCCAAGAUGGCCUGAAGUGGUGCAGAGCCAAGAGGUGUGCAUGGUGUGCGGCAAGGACGAGGGCGAGGGUGGCGAGGACAAUGCACUGUUGGAGUGCGAGAAGUGCGAGAACCCAUGGCAUCUGCAUUGCUUGAAGCCCAAGCUGACCGAGAUCCCAGAGGGUGAGUGGCACUGCCCCAACUGCGCACCUGCGUCCAAAGCGGCGGCAAGCAACGGCAGCAACAAGCGCGCCAACGACGAGGAGGACGAGGAUGAGGCGCCAACGCCGUCCCAGACCAAGAAGCGCCGGGCUUGA